AUGUCAGCGCGCGCUCUCUCCCUCCCCGUCCGCUCGCGGUGCCUGCUCCGUACUCCACAACAUGCUCGGUUCUCAACCCGGACAUCACUGCUCGGUGCCGGAGGCCACUAUGAUCCACCAACCGGAUGGCUCUUUGGCGUCAAGCCAGGUCACAAAUACGUCAAGGAAGGCUGGGAGACUAUCUUCUACUAUGGUUUCUUUGGAAGCUUCCUCGUUGCCGGCAUUGCCUACGUCUUCAAGCCAGACACCUCGAUACAAACAUGGGCUCUGGAAGAGGCACGAAGAAGACUCGAAAAAGAAGGUAUCUUGGAGGACCCCGACAAAGUCCAGAAACAAUGA